AACGAUAGUAGCGCCAAAGUGGCAGUUGGUGGCAACGAUUGCAACGAAGAAGAAUUGUAUUUGUAGCUAUUUGUUGGAAUUUAUUACAAGAAAAUAAUCUAAGGGCCUCAUUUAGUUUAAAUAAUAUCUCUUAAUUCACAUACACAAAUAUAUCAUUGAAAUAUAUUAAAAGAUAUAGAAUAGGAUUAGAUCGGGGUGAGUGUACCGGAUGAAUAUCAGUGCCUGUGCUAUGCCAAUCAUUAAUUAUAACCACAAUGAAUAGUAUCGUGUGAUUAUAUUACUUUCCGUUAUCAACGUUACUACGCGAUACGAAUUUCUCAAGUAAAUGAACUAAAGAUAUAUAGAAACAUAUCACAUUAAAAAAAUGAGUACAGCUAUCGAAAAUGGAGGUCAAGCUAGUAAUGCCAAGAAGAAAACCAUCGAAGGUAUUUAUCAGAAAAAAACACAAUUGGAGCAUAUUCUUUUGCGUCCAGAUACAUACAUCGGAUCGGUUGAAAGUACCACAGAACUUAUGUGGGUUUUCGAUAAGGAAAAAGAAAUGAUGGUACAGAAGGAUAUUAAAUUUGUUCCUGGAUUGUAUAAAAUAUUUGAUGAGAUUUUGGUUAACGCUGCUGAUAACAAACAACGUGAUCCAAAAAUGGAUACUAUUAAGAUUGAUAUUGAUGCAGAGAAUAACACCAUAUCUGUCUGGAAUAACGGAAAAGGUAUUCCUGUUGUAAUACAUAAGGAAGAGAAUAUGUAUGUACCCACUAUGAUUUUUGGUCAUUUAUUAACAUCAUCAAAUUACGACGACGAGGAGGAAAAAGUUACAGGAGGAAGAAAUGGCUAUGGUGCAAAACUGUGUAAUAUUUUUAGUCAUCGUUUCACUGUUGAAACCGCAUCUAAGGAAUAUAAAAAAAGUCUAAAACAAACAUGGGGCGAUAACAUGGGAAAAGCCAGUGAACCUCGAAUUAAAGAUUUUCACGGGGAAGAUUUUACAAAGGUAACAUUUUCUCCAGAUUUAUCCAAAUUCAAAAUGGAUUCUUUAGAUGCAGACAUAGUAGCUCUCAUGUCGCGUAGAGCGUACGACGUAGCAGCAUCUACAAGAGGAGUGAAAGUUUAUCUUAAUGGAGUUAGAGUACCUGUAAAGAAUUUUAAAGAUUACAUUGACUGUUAUAUUAAAGGAAAGGAAGAUGAUUCUGGUAACCCUUUAAAAAUUGCUUAUGAAGCUUGCGGAGCUCGUUGGGAAGUAGCGGUUACUUUAUCCAACAAAGGUUUCCAACAAAUGUCAUUUGUAAAUAGUAUUGCAACGACAAAGGGAGGCAGACACGUAGACCAUGUUACAGAUUUGAUAGUUAAACAACUAACAGAAACAUUAAAGAAGAAAAAUAAAGCUGGGAUCACCAUAAAACCAUUCCAAAUCAAAAAUCAUUUGUGGAUUUUUAUUAAUUGUCUCAUCAAUAAUCCUUCAUUCGAUUCGCAGACUAAGGAACACAUGACUUUGCAACAAAAAAGUUUUGGUUCUAAAUGCGUAUUAAGCGAUAAAUUCAUCACAGCCGUAAUGAAAACUGGCAUCGUAGAAUCUGUCUUAACAUGGGCCAAAUUUAAGGCUGACAGCCAACUACAAAAAUUGGGACCUAAAUCAAAACAGAGAAAACUUCAAGGUAUUCCUAAGUUGGAAGAUGCUAAUGAUGCUGGAACAAAUAAAUCAUUAGAGUGUACCCUAAUAUUAACUGAGGGAGAUUCAGCUAAAACGAUGGCUGUAUCAGGAAUAUCUUCUGUAGGUAGAGAUAAGUAUGGCAUAUUUCCAUUACGUGGUAAAAUAUUGAAUGUAAGAGAAGCAACGCACAAACAAAUAUUAGAAAAUGCUGAAAUCAAUAAUUUGAUAAAAAUUCUUGGUCUUCAAUAUAAAAAAAAGUAUGAAACCCGGGAUGAUCUUAAAACGCUUCGUUAUGGUAAAAUGAUGAUCAUGACUGAUCAGGAUCAGGAUGGUUCUCAUAUUAAGGGUCUUUUAAUUAACUUUAUUCAUCACAAUUGGCCAUCUUUACUAAAACUAAAUUUCAUCGAAGAAUUCAUUACACCAAUUGUGAAAGUAUCAAAAGGAAAUCAAGUACUAUCGUUCUUUUCGUUACCAGAAUUUGAAUCGUGGAAGAAGGAAACAGAUAAUUUUCAUACGUAUAAAAUCAAAUACUACAAAGGUUUGGGUACUUCUACUGCCAAAGAGGCAAAGGAGUACUUUGAAAAUAUGGCAAGGCACAGAAUUAGAUUUCGAUAUGACGGUGAUCAAGAUGAUCAAAAUAUAAUCAUGGCAUUUAGUAAAAAAUGUGUAGAUCAACGUAAGGAGUGGUUAGUGAAUCAUAUGGACGAAACAAAGAGACGAAAAGAAAUUGGUUUAGGUGAACGUUAUCUUUAUGAAAAAGAUACUCGUACUGUAUCUUUUUCAGACUUUAUUAAUGUUGAAUUAGUACUGUAUAGUAAUUAUGAUAACGUAAGAUCUAUACCCAGUAUGGUAGAUGGUUUUAAACCUGGUCAAAGAAAAGUACUUUUUACAUGUUUGAAACGUAACGACAAACGUGAAGUUAAAGUUGCACAAUUAGCUGGUUCGGUAGCGGAACAUUCCGCUUAUCAUCACGGUGAAGUGUCCCUUAUGGCUACCAUCAUUAACUUAGCUCAAAAUUUUGUCGGAAGUAACAAUAUUAAUGUACUUCAGCCUAUUGGUCAAUUUGGUACGAGACUUACAGGAGGAAAAGAUGCUGCAAGUGCUCGAUACAUUUUCACAAUGCUUAGUCCACUAGCAAGAUUCAUAUUUCAUAAACACGAUGAUCCACUUCUUGCACAUGAAUAUGAUGAUAAUCAAAAAAUUGAACCAGUAUACUACAUUCCUGUAAUACCAAUGUUAUUGGUGAAUGGUGCGGAUGGUAUCGGUACGGGAUGGAUGACCAAAAUUCCAAAUUAUAAUCCUCGCGAAAUUAUAGAAAAUUUGUAUCGUAUGAUGGAUGGUGGAGACCCUAAACCAAUGAUACCAUACUACAAGAAUUUUACCGGUGUGAUAGAAAGUUUUGGGGAUUAUCGUUAUAUUUUUAGUGGAGAAAUUUCUAUAAUAGGACCAGAUAAAGUAGAAAUUACAGAACUUCCAAUUGGAAUGUGGACACAAACUUAUAAAGAGACAGUAUUAGAACCUAUGUUACACGGUACCGAGAAAACACCUGCAAUUAUUACAGAUUAUAAAGAAUAUUACACGGAUACUACUGUACAUUUUAUAGUAAUUUUAAAUCGUGAUAAGUUACUCGAAUUAGAAAGAGAUGGUCUGCAUAAAGCUUUCAAAUUGCAAUCGACAAUGUCGAUAACAUCUAUGUGCGCAUUUGAUGAAAAUCGUUGUCUUCAGAAAUAUGAUAGCGUUACUCAAAUAUUAAAGAAUUUUUACAAAAUUAGAUUGGAUGCGUAUCACAAAAGGAAAGAUUACUUAGAAGGUAUCUUGCAAGCAGAAUCAGGAAAAUUAUCAAAUCAAGCUCGCUUCAUUUUAGAAAAAUGUGAUGGUUCUUUGGUGAUUGAAAAUAAAAAGAAAAAGGAUAUGAUAGCUGAAUUGAUAAGACGUAAUUACGAAUCUGAUCCUGUAGUUGCAUGGAAGUUAACUCAAAACAGAGAAGGUGUCUUGGAAGAUGAAGAGGAGGUAGUUGCUGAAGAAUUAACUGAAGAUGAACCACCACCUUCGUCGACUACAAUACAAAAAGAAAAUUUCGAUUAUCUUUUGGGUAUGACUUUGUGGUCGUUAACGAAGGAAAAAAAAGAUGACCUCUUACGUCAAAGGGAUGAAAAAUUAGCGGAAUUAAAAAGAUUGCAAGCUCGUACCCCUAUUUCUCUUUGGAGGGAAGAUUUGGAUAAUUUAUUGGCUGAAUUAAAUAAAGUCGAAGAGAAAGAAAAAAAAGAAGAAAAUAAAUCACGUCAAAAUAUGAAAAAGCCACCAGCUAAAUUUUAUAAGCAAGAGGAUACUCGUAGAAUAACUCCUGUUAUCGAUACCGAAUUAAAAAAGAAAAUAGAAAAAGCAGAUAUCGUAUCUAAGGACAAGAAAGAAGGAAUUAAGAGACAACCAAAAAUAAAGAAAGAAGUACCCGAAGAGAAAGAUGAAUAUGAUAUUCUUGUAGAUUCGACUAAAGGUAUCAAUGAAAAGCUCAAUAUUAAAACUGAGAAAAAACCAGGUGCUAAAAAAGGAACGAAACAAACAACAUUGUCAUUUAAACCUUUGAAAAAACCCAAGAAAAAGGAUUCUGAUUCCGAUAGUAAUGAAUUUGACAGUAACGCAAUUGAUUUUCAUAGUAUUUCUCCAGUGCGUUCACCGCGAAGAGCAGCUGCAUCUAAAAGAAACUAUGCUGUUAGCAGUGACGAAUCGGAUGCUGUUAGUGAAAAUCUUUAUAAUAUGUCGUCCGAUUCUGAACAAGUAAAAAAGUUGCCAAAAUCUGCAAUAACGCUCAGCGAUUCGGAUGAUGAUUUUAAAAUGGAUAAGAAACCACCGCCACCUAAAUCAAGUCCAGAAGAACUUUUUGAUAGUUUAGUUGGAAAUACUCCAGACAAAUCACAAAAACCUAUAUCUUCUUCCGGUGAAGAUUCUUCUUUGAUAAUGUUUACACUACCAAAAAAAGUUCCAUCAAAGAAAAAGGCAGAAAAUGGAGGAGGUGCGAAGCCAGUUAAGCGUCAAUUGAAGAAAAAACUCAAAUCUUCUGAUUCUGAAACAGAUGAUAAUAUAUUAGCGAGUAAAGUGAAAUCCAAAAAACGAAGGAAGAAAUCAGACUCUGAAAGUGACAAUACCUCGGAAGCAUCGCCUAUAGUACCGCCAAGAAAGAACAGUGCACGUAAUCGUAAACCAGUUUCUUACGCACUUAAAUCAGACGAGGAAAGUGAUUCCGACUAAAUUUCUAUUAACGCGGUAUAAAUUUGUCAAAACAGAACUGUAAAUUACGAAGACUGCCUAUAUAAAUUAAUAAGGUGAGAGAA